AUCCAGUUGAUUCGCCUGGAGCCGCCAUAUUGUUUUUAUACGGGAUGCUUAUCGGAACCCUUUAAUACUAAAUGUCAAUACUCAAAGCGCAAAAACAAAAAACUACUCAAAAAAUUUUCACCCCAGAUGCAUAGUAGAGAAAUUGUGUUAUUUUAGAAACAUAAAGGUUAUACACACUUCAGGAAUGACUAUAGCAAACAACAUACACACACAUGUAUAAAUACAUGAUACAAAGUGCACCAGGUAAAAUAUAUGUACGUAAGCGUCUUGACAUUUCUCAGCCUUAUCACCUUAAGAGUUUAAGAUGGCGAACGAACAUUUAGAAACGAGACCUGAUCCCAGCACAAGAAGGGACUUGCGGACUAAAGAUCGUGACAAAAUGCUGUACAAAAUCCAGGAUAACCCGCCGAUUCCCCUGGCGAUGCUUUUUUCGCUACAGCAAGCUGUUAUUGCAAUCGGAGGGACGGUGAUAAUCCCGCUUAUCAUUUCCAAUGUUAUAUGUGCGGGCAACAACAUUCAAGUGAGAGCUAAGAUGGUUGGAACAUCAAUAUUUAUGGUUGGGGUGUCAACUAUACUACAGGUUACAUUUGGAACAAGGCUACCAAUUAUACAAGGCAGCUCACCCAAUAUGAUUGCAGCUAUAUCGGCAAUGAUGACAUUAGAUAAAUUCAAAUGUACUGCUACUGUUAUGCCAAAUGCGACCGUGAAUGCUACAACAACCUAUGUUGAAUUCGAUGAUAAUUGGGCUUUAAGAAUUAGGGAGAUCUCCGGAUGUCUGAUGCUUGCCUCUGUUCUUCAAGUUAUAUUUGGACUAACUGGAUUCAUGGGUUUUCUCGUGAGAUUUAUUGGCCCGUUGACAAUAGCACCGACCAUAACUCUCAUUGGUUUUACACUAAUGCCUAUAUCAGCCGACUUGGCGUCAUCACAUUGGGGCAUAUCAUCAUUGAGUUUGCUGGUACUUAUUAUAUUCUCUCUGUUCCUUGGCCGAAUGAACGUACCAUUGCCUGGAUGGUCCAAGGAGAAAGGUUGCCAUAUGAUAAGAUUUCCCAUCUUUCAGGUUAUCCCGAUUAUAUUAACAGUGGCCAUAAUGUGGACGCUAUGCGCAAUCUUAACAGCCACCGAAGUAUUCCCUGAGGAUCCGGUGUAUGGCUUCAAAGCUCGGACAACAUCAACCAUCCAAGCAGUCAACGAUGCGUCUUGGUUCUACUUUCCCUAUCCAGGUCAGUACGGAGUUCCCUCAAUAGGUGUCGCUGGAUUUGUAGGUACUUUGGCGGCAGUGGUAGCGUCCAUUAUCGAAUCUGUUGCUGAUUACAACGCAUGCGCGAAAAUAGCACAAGCUCCUGUUCCUCCUGCGCACGCAAUAAAUCGCGGUAUUGCCAUGGAGGGACUUGGCAGCAUCAUUUCCGGUGCCGUAGGUGCCUGUCACGCCACGACUUCAUACAGCGAAAACAUUGGUAUCAUAGGGCUAACUAAGGUUGGAAGCAGAUUGGUGUUCAUCAUGGUUGGCGUGAUUUUAGUCAUUGGGGGAUGUGUUGGAAAGGUCGGUACAGCGCUGGCUACGAUACCCGAUCCGAUAUUAGGUGGUAUUUCAAUUUUAACAAUGGGGCUUCUCACUGCUGUUGGACUUUCUUUUAUAAAGUAUGCCGACUGUUCUUCCAUCAGGAAUUUAUCCAUACUGGGAUUGGCUAUCUAUGGAGGUUAUAUGACAUCACGUUGGACUGGGGAUCACCCUAAUGCCAUCAAAACAGGCUACAGCGAGUUGGAUCAGGUGAUUACUGUGUUUCUAAGUACAGCUAUGUUUGUCGGUGGAGUCAUUGGGUUUAUUCUCGACAAUGCAGUUCCAGGUACACCAGAAGAACGGGGUAUAAGCGCUUGGCGGAAGAACACAGUUGAAGUCGGCGAAGAUACAAAUCGUUUUGAUGGUAAAUUCGAUGAGACAGAUCUGAAACUGUAUGACAUUCCUUUGAUAACUGGGUUCCUUAAUCGUCAUACGAUUUUUCGGUACUGCCCGUUUUUGCCGCCGUAUGUUCCGAUUAGGUGCGUAGGUUGUAUCUGUUGCAGUAAGAAAGGCCUCGAGAAUGGUAGUGUAUCUAGAGAACGGAAGGAUGAGUACGAAAUCGAACAAUCAGAAUUUGAGACUGAAGUGACUGUAACAAGUGAAGUAACAUCAAUGUGAUCAUAUAAAGGCCCGGUCACACCGCCCGGACGUUGCUGGAGCGUUCCUUGAACGUUAAAAAAAUUCAUCAACGCUCGUCAACGCGCACAAAAUGGGGAAAAAAACAAAAACACGGGCGUUGGCUUAGCGGUGCACCGCUGAAGCCGGCGUUGCUUUAGCGUUGGUUAAGCGGUUGCAAGCGGUAGCUAGCGUUUGUUUAGCGGUAAUGCGAGCGUUGGUAUAGCGGCGUUCUGCGCAAGAGAGCGUUGCCUCGGCGGGGGUAUAAAUAGCAGCAGCGUUGGUUUAGCAGCAUAUCGCGUUUGACUCCAAAAGAGCUCGUGGUGCAUUUCUCCACG